GUAUAAAACACAACGAGAUUGGUGGGUUUGGUGUCCGACUCCAAUCUUCCACUUCACAGAGAAAUUCGAACGCCGACCACUCUACAAUCUCUAACCCUCUACCUCCUUAUUGUCGGAUCUGCGUAAUUGAUUCAUUCUGGUGUGCUAGCAAUGGAGAAUCUGGUGGGUCUUUUGCGGAUUCACAUUCAAAGAGGAGUGAAUCUUGCCGUAAGAGACAUGAGAAGUAGUGAUCCUUACCUCAUUGUCAAAAUGGGCAAGCAGAAGUUGAAAACGCGCGUUGUGAAGCGGAAUCUGAACCCUGAGUGGGACGAAAAAUUGACUCUUACUGUUUCAGACCCAAAUAUUCCGGUUAAGCUCUUUGUGUAUGACAAAGAUACUUUCACUUUUGAUGACAAGAUGGGUGAUGCAGAGUUUGAGACUGCUACAUUCGUUAAAGUAGUGCAGAUGGGCUUGGAAGGUCUCCCAGACGGAACCAUAAUUGCGAAAGUUCAACCAACUAGGCAAAAUUGCCUUGCGGAAGAGAGUCGCAUUAUUUGGUCCAACGGCAAAGUUGUGCAAAACAUGGUUCUCAGACUCAGAAAUGUCGAGCGUGGUGAAGUGGAACUCCAAUUGCAGUGGAUUCAUGUUCCUCGUUCUAUGGGUCACUGAUUUAGCUCCAUCUACUUUCACUCUAUAGCUUUUCUCCCAUUUUGAUUCUGUGGUUUAUAGAUAUAUCAAAAUUAGAAUUAGGUUUAGAUGUAGUUUCCUGCCAUGUAAUGUAUGAAUCAUAUGGGAUGUGAGGAUUCAAUAAAUUACUAAUUUUCCAAUUC